CGUAGUUUAUCUCGGCUAUAGCUCCCCAGCGGGACCCUAAAUCGCCUUGUUUAGUCGGGUUUCUCUGUCUAUGGGAAUUUGUUAGUCAAAACACUUAACAGGUUAGGAGGGGGAUCAACAACCGAUACUUUCUUUCUGGAUCACAAACUCACAUCUGAAGAUACGAGGCUUUCUCAUCAACUGCCGGCCCUGUGAUACAAGUGUUGUUGUUUUCCAGUGUUGGAUUCAUCCUCUCAGUCGACAGGUGUCAAAGGGAGAGGAAACAGAGAUGCCAAAACCGAUCAACGUCCGUGUUAUUGCCAUGGAUGCAGAGCUGGAGUUUGCUAUCCAGCCUAAUACGACAGGAAAACAGCUUUUUGACCAGGUGGUGAGGACCGUGGGUCUGCGAGAGGUCUGGUUCUUUGGCCUGCAGUAUGUGGACAGCAAAGGCUUUAUUACCUGGCUCAAACUCAAUAAGAAGGUGACCCAGCAAGAUGUGAAGAAAGAGAACCCACUGCAGUUUAAAUUCAGAGCCAAAUUCUUCCCUGAAGACGUCUCAGAGGAGCUGAUUCAGGAGAUCACACAGAGGCUUUUCUUUCUCCAGAUGAAGGAGGCCAUCCUGAAUGAUGAGAACUACUGUCCCCCAGAAACAGCAGUGUUACUGGCAUCAUACACUGUCCAGGCCAAAUAUGGAGACUACAAUAAAGAUGUCCACAAGCCUGGCUAUCUUACCCAUAACAGACUGCUCCCUCAGAGAGUCCUGGAGCAACACAAACUGACCAAGGAGCAGUGGGAGGACAGGAUACAGACAUGGCAUCAAGAACACAGAGGAAUGCUCAGAGAGGACUCGAUGAUGGAGUAUCUUAAAAUUGCCCAGGACUUGGAGAUGUAUGGUGUCAACUACUUUAAGAUAAAAAACAAGAAGGGUACACAGCUUUGGCUGGGUGUGGAUGCCCUAGGCCUCAACAUCUACGAACAUGAAGACAAAUUGACACCGAAGAUUGGCUUCCCCUGGAGUGAGAUUCGAAACAUCUCUUUCAAUGACAAGAAGUUUGCCAUCAAACCUAUUGACAAAAAAGCACCUGACUUUGUGUUUUAUGCCCCACGACUGCUUAUUAACAAGCAUAUCUUGGCCUUGUGUAUGGGUAACCACGAGUUGUACAUGAGGAGGAGAAAGCCCGACACCAUUGAGGUGCAACAGAUGAAAGCUCAAGCCCGGGAGGAGAAGCACCACAAACAAAUGGAGAGGGCCCAGCUGGAGAAUGAGAAGAAAAAACGAGAGCAUGCAGAGAAAGAAAAGGAAAGGAUAGAGCAUGAGAAAGAGGAGCUCAUGGAGAGAUUAAGACAGAUUGAAGAGCAGACAAUGAGAGCUCAGAAAGAGCUGGAGGAACAGACUCGCAGAUCACUGGAGCUGGAGCAGGAGAGACGGAGAUCGAGGGAGGAGGCCGAGAGGCUGGAAAGAGAGAGGAAAAUGGCUGAGGAGGCGAAGGCAGAGCUGGCAAAACAGGCUGCAGAGCAGCAGAAGAACCAGGAGCAACUGGCUGCUGAACUGGCUGAAUUCACUGCCAAGAUCACUCUGCUGGAAGAUGCCAAGAGGAAGAAGGAAGAUGAGACCACAGAAUGGCAGCAAAAGGCUCUUUUAGCCCAGGAGGGUUUGGUGAAGACCAAGGAGGAGUUAAAAGCUGUAGUCACAGUGGUGGCACCGCCUCCAGGUGGCCACGUAGAGAGUGAGCAUGAUGAGCAGGAUGAGAUUCAUGCCGAGGCCAGUGCUGAGCUGUGCAACGAGGGUGUCAGCCAGCUCGACCUCCGCAGUGAAGAGGCACGCAUCACUGAAGCCCAGAAGAACGAGAGGGUCAAACAACAGCUGCAGACAUUAAGUUCAGAGUUGGCCCAGGCCAGAGAUGAAACCAAGAAGUCACAAAAUGAUGUGCUCCAUGCCGAAAAUGUGAAAGCAGGCCGAGACAAAUACAAAACGUUGCGCCAGAUCCGUCAGGGCAACACAAAGCAACGCAUUGAUGAAUUUGAGUCCAUGUGAGAAUAUGGUCCUCUCUGCCCCUCAGCAGCUACUUGGUUUUCAUGGACAGAAGCUGCCAUUCUUGUUAUCCCGAAAGAAAUGAUCUUGUUCUUGUUCUCCACUCUGAAGUAUGAGUAUAUAGAGCUGCUUCAAACUGCAGAUUUCAUCUGUCAUCAGUAAACACAGGGAGAAGACUAAACUGUCGGUUAGGGCUGCAACUAACGAUUAUUUUCAAUUAAUCUGUUGAUUCUUUCCAUGAUUAAUCGAGUACUCAUUUGGUCCACAAAAUGUUGAUUGGUCUUUCCCAAACUUCGAAAUAUUGAUGUUCGACAGUGUCUUUUGUCCACAAACCAAAAUUAUUAUAAUAAUUAUUAUUCAGUUUU